CUGUUUAUAUUUUUACAAUUUUGGGUAUUCCAGUCUUAUUCUGGGAUUUCUCGCACUUUCUAGAUGAUUCUCGAUUCCUACACAGUGAUUAUUCUGUGUUCUGAGAAAAAUAUCAAUUUUAUAAAAUAGUGUUGUUUGUGUCGUAGAUAGUAUUUCUACUGGAAAAUAAUUAUAAUUUCAAGACUGCAAAUUCAAAUAAGUAAACUAAAAAAUAUUAUGAGAGGAGAACAAAGUUUUUCAACAUAAAAAAAAGGAAAAUUAAAAAAUUUAAGGAACAAAAAUGAUGAAAAUGGAACAAAUGAUUUGCGAGGACGUCAUGAGGAAAAAGAAGAAAAAGCAUUAUUUCAAAAUUCUAUGUUUGCUAACACUCGUCUUUCUCAUCAUGUAUCAUUUCACCAUCAUUUUACCAGCCUUCAAAGAGACAGACGAGAAGAUAUCGACUUUAAAAAAAUUCUUCAACAAACAAACGGAAUUAUUUUUUCAAUAUUCGAACGAAUUUCAACAACUUUUUAAUUCAAUUGACAAAGAAAGUAUCAGUAAAUCCGACCAGGCGACUGUCGAGAAAAUAAUGAUUCUAGAAAAAGAGAUUUCGUUAAUUCACUCCAAGUUAGAGCAGAAUAAUUUAAAAUUGAAUGAAACUCAUCAAAAAUUGAAUUCUGCGACUUGUUCCCUAAUUCCCGAGAGUAAAAGAUUCGAUUGUCAUCCAGAACCAGGAGCAUCGGAAGAAGCCUGCACGAAGAGGAAUUGUUGCUGGAUUUCUCUACAUAAAACAAAAAUGCAAAAAAAAGAAAAAGAAGGUUCUGUAGAUAUACCCUAUUGUUUCUACGGUAUGAAUUGGCAAAUAUACAAAUACGAAAAUGUGACCGAAAAGGAAAAUGAAAUCUCAGGUUUUUUGAGAUUAGAAAAUAAAUCGCCGUAUAAAAAUGAUUUGUCUUUGGUGAAAAUCGAAUCGACAAGUGUUGAUAGUUCGAUUCUUCGGGUGAAACUUUACGAUCCUUUGCAAAAAAGGUACGAACCCCCCUGGCCAUUGAGAAGGGAGAUGAAAUCUUUUCCCGGCUCCACUUCGUAUGGGAUAAAAAUUGAUAAAUCAACGCCAGGUUUUUCCGUGCACAGAACAUCGAAUGGAGAAACAAUAUUCAAUUCAAAUGGAGUUGGUGGUUUUUUAUUCGCCAAUCAAUUUCUCCAAAUGAGCUCUCUACUACCGUCGAGCAAUAUUUACGGUUUGGGAGAGCAUCGAAAUCGUUUGAAAUUGUCCACAAAUUGGCAAUUAUUGACACUAUUCAAUGCGGAUCAGCCGCCAGUUGAGAAGGCGAAUCUCUAUGGUUCGCAUCCUUUUUACAUGGUAAUCGAGGAGUCGGGCGAUUGUCAUGGAGUUCUUUUCUUGAAUAGCAACGCGAUGGAUGUUAUUUUACAACCUGCGCCGGCAAUAACAUUCCGGACAAUUGGUGGUAUUUUUGAUAUUUAUUUCUUCAUGGGACCAACGCCGGAGGAUGUUUUGAAGCAGUAUUCGGAAAUUGUGGGCAGACCUUUUAUGCCACCUUACUGGUCGUUGGGUUUUCAUUUGUGUCGAUUUGGCUAUGGGAGUUUGGAGAAGACGAGAGAAACUUGGAAUAGAACGAGAAUGGCGGGUAUUCCUUUUGAUUCGCAGUGGAAUGAUUUGGAUUAUAUGGAUAAACAUAAUGACUUCACUUAUGAUAAGGAGAAAUUUAAGGGACUUCCGGAAUUCGUCGAGGAAUUGCAUCGGGAAGGAAUGCAUUAUAUUCCGUUAAUCGAUGCAGGAGUUUCGGGAACGGAACCUAAGGGAUCUUAUGUACCUUAUGAUGAAGGUGUGCGAGAAGGAAUUUUUGUCAAGGACAGUAGUGGUUCGCCGUUUCAGGGAAAAGUUUGGAAUUUUAAAUCAACUGUUUGGCCUGACUUUACGAAUCCAAAAACACAGGAUUAUUAUUUGAAAAUGAUGAAUGAAACUCAUAAGGAUUUCGAAUUCGAUGGCGCUUGGAUUGACAUGAACGAGCCAUCUAACUUUUACAAUGGUCUUUCUAAUGGCUGUCCGCCGAACGAUUUAGAUAACCCGGAAUAUUUACCUCAAGUUAAUGGAGGUAUACUUGCAAGGAAAACGCUGUGUAUGAAUUCACAGCACUAUUUAGGAGCUCAUUAUGAUCUUCACAAUACAUAUGGUACCAGCCAAGCAAUUUCAACAAAUAAUGCAUUGAAACAAAUAAGAAAUAAGAGGCCUUUCAUUAUUUCCCGUUCUACUUGGGUUGGUCAUGGAUCUUAUGCAGGGCACUGGACAGGAGACAUUUAUUCAUCUUGGUACGAUCUAAGAAUGAGUAUUCCAGAAAUUUUGCAAUUUAGUUUCUUUCAAAUUCCAAUGAUUGGCGCAGAUAUUUGUGGCUUUAAUGGAAAUACAACAGUUUCUCUCUGCAAUCGAUGGAUGCAAGUUGGAGCUUUUUAUCCUUUCUCACGAAACCACAAUUCCGAUGACACUGUUGAGCAAGAUCCUGUUGCGAUGGGAGAAUUGGUAGUCAGGUCCUCAAGAAAAGCUCUCACGAUUCGAUAUAAGCUUUUGCCCUAUUUAUACACUCUCUUCUUCCGUGCUAAUCAAUUCGGCGAGACUGUUGCACGUCCCUUGUUCUUCGAAUUUUUGAAUGAUCCUAAUACGUACAAUGUCGAUACACAGUUUCUCUGGGGAAGUUCUUUAAUGAUUGUUCCCGUACUGGAUGAGAUUUCCGAUAAAAAGGAAAAAGUCGAUGCCUAUAUACCUGCAGGCAAAUGGUACAAUUUAUAUACAAAUGAAGGCCUAUUAUCAACUGGCCAGAAUCUAACUCUCGAUGCUCCUCUGGAUACAAUUCCUUUACUGGUUCGAGGUGGGUCAAUUCUGCCUGUGCAAAACAAUUCUGGAACUACUACAGAGAGUCGGAAGAAUAAAUUUGGCUUAUUAAUUGCCUUGGAUAAGCAGCAAUUUGCCACAGGAGAGUUAUACUGGGAUGAUGGUGACAGUCUAGAUUCCUUCGAAAAGCAACAGUACCAAAGGCUAAAUUUUACAGUUUCAAACAAUACCCUAACUAUUCAAACCACCAAGCAUUCUUUCUCCGAAAAAAUUAUUAUAGAAGAAAUUUAUGUUUUGGGAUUGGAAUUGGAACAAGUGAGACGAGUAAUCGUUAACAAUACGGAUAUUGACAGUGAUAAUUUCUUCUUUAAAAAAAAUAUUUCUUAUCUUUAUGUGAAAAAUUUAAAUCUUGAAAUGAAAGAUACGUUGACUUUAUCUUGGACGGAAAAAGAGAAGGAAAUUACUGACUCUAAAACAGAAAGAUAUCAAGUUUAUUCGGCUGCAGUUACAUUUACGAGUUACAAUAAAUUUUUACUUUUUAUUGUAUCAGUGUUGUUGAGUAAUCGCUCAUUGGUAAGAAUUGUACUUUAAAUAAUUUAAUAAUAUUUUUUAAGAAUUUAUAUUUUUCUCAAAGAAAAAUUUUUAUAAUAUAAUAUUCGUGCCAUUUUUAAAAACCAAUUAAUCUUCAAAGAGUAGAUUUAAGCUUAAAGAGUAAUUUACAAAAAUAAUAAUUGUUUAUAUACAAAAAUAAUUAUAAUGUAUAAUAUAAAUUUUUAAGAAUUUUAUAUAAUAAGCCAUGUGAUGCAAUGGAUAUUUUUCUAAGCGUACAUACAUUUUUUUUAAAAGAAAUUUUAAAAAUGUUAAACUAUAUUUGUAAGAGAACAAAAACUUGUAUUUUAUAAUCGUGAUGAAAUAAAGACUUUUCAAUUUAUAA